CCAGCCAACCAAUCGCGAUAUCCACAACCUCUCUCUCCAUUGGACUAGAAACGCCAACUGCAAGAACACCCAACACCAAACAAAGACCGGCCAAAAUUUUAUACACCGGAAAAUACACGGGAAAAGAAAGGAAGAGAAAAAAAAAGGAGGCGCCUUUGCUGCUUUGCAGUUGCAGAGCAGCUCGCGCCGCGCGCGUACACUCGCUUUGCUUUGCUUCUUCGCCGGAAAAAACCCAAUCCAAUCAAGCGGAGCUCGAGCUCCAAUCCAGCUAUAGUUGGGAAUCUCGAGGGGGGAAGGAGGAAGAAGAAGAAGAAGAAGCAGUGAGCUUUGGAGUUUGAGCUGGCUAGCUCCAUGCUUCGGGUGACGUCCUCUUGAUCCAAGAACUCGUGGGGGGGUUGGUUCUUGGAUUGGAUUGGGUGCAUAUCAUGUCGGUGUCGUCGUCGUCCAUGGGCGGCGGCGGUGGCGGGGACGCCGGGGGGAGGACGGUGGUGUGGUUCAGGAGGGACCUGAGGGUGGAGGACAACCCGGCGCUGGCGGCGGCGGCGCGCGCCGGCGGGGAGGUGGUGCCGGCGUACGUGUGGGCGCCCGAGGAGGACGGGCCGUACUACCCCGGCCGCGUGUCGCGGUGGUGGCUCAGCCAGAGCCUGAAGCACCUCGACGCCUCGCUGCGGCGGCUCGGCGCCGGCAAGCUGGUGACGAGGAGGUCGGCCGACGCCGUCGUCGCGCUGCUCCAGCUCGUCCGCGACACCGGCGCCACGCGGCUCUUCUUCAACCAUCUCUACGACCCGAUCUCACUGGUCAGGGACCACCGGCUGAAGGAGAUGAUGGCAGCGGAGGGCAUCAUCGUGCAGUCUUUCAAUGCAGACCUGCUGUACGAGCCGUGGGAAGUUGUCGACGACGAAGGCCAAUCUUUCACCAUGUUUGCGCCUUUCUGGAAUAGGUGCCUCAGCAUGCCGUAUGAUCCUGCCGCACCGCUGUUGCCUCCUAAGAGAAUCAAUUCAGGUGACUUAUCAAUGUGCCCAUCAGAUGAUCUGAUCUUUGAGGAUGACUCGGAGAGGGGAAGCAAUGCACUUCUUGCCCGAGCAUGGUCACCAGGCUGGCAGAAUGCAGACAAGGCACUGACAGCUUUCCUGAAUGGUCCUUUGAUCCACUACUCAGUGAAUCGCAAGAAAGCAGACAGUGCAAGUACCUCCCUCUUAUCACCGUACCUGCAUUUCGGUGAGCUGAGUGUGCGCAAGGUCUUCCACCUUGUUCGGAUGAAGCAGCUUGUGUGGAGCAAUGAGGGCAAUCGUGCAGCUGAAGAGAGCUGCACCCUGUUCCUUCGGUCCAUUGGUCUCCGGGAGUACUCACGGUAUCUGAGUUUCAACCACCCAUGCAGCCAUGAGAAGCCCCUUUUGGCACACCUCAGGUUCUUCCCCUGGGUGAUCAAUGAGUGCUACUUCAAGAUAUGGCGGCAGGGAAGGACUGGUUACCCCCUUGUUGAUGCCGGCAUGAGGGAGCUAUGGGCUACAGGGUGGUUGCAUGAUCGUAUUCGUGUGGUAGUGUCAAGUUUCUUCGUCAAAGUCCUUCAACUACCAUGGCGAUGGGGGAUGAAGUACUUUUGGGACACAUUAUUAGACGCAGAUCUUGAGAGCGAUGCACUAGGCUGGCAGUAUAUCUCUGGCUCUCUUCCUGAUGGCCGAGAACUUGACCGCAUUGACAAUCCUCAGCUCGAAGGCUACAAGUUUGAUCCGCAUGGUGAGUAUGUCCGAAGGUGGCUUCCGGAGCUUGCAAGGUUGCCAACAGAAUGGAUACACCAUCCAUGGGAUGCACCCGCAUCUGUGCUGCAAGCUGCAGGAGUCGAGUUAGGCUCCAACUACCCUCUCCCUAUAGUUGGGCUAGAUGCAGCCAACGCCAGGCUGCAAGAAGCCCUGUCAGAAAUGUGGCAGCUUGAGGCAGCAUCCAGGGCCGCAAUGGACAAUGGAAUGGAAGAAGGCCUUGGCGACUCCUCGGAGGUUCCACCAAUUGAAUUUCCUCGAGAACUACAGAUGGAAGUUGACCGAGAACCAGCUCGAGUAACAGCCAAUGUGCUGACAACAGCUCGAAGACGCGAGGAUCAGAUGGUGCCAACAAUGACAUCUUCACUAAACAGGGCUGAAACUGAGAUUUCUGCCGAUUUUAUGAACAGUGUGGACAGUAGGGCAGAGGUACCAACCCGUGUGAAUUUUGAGCCUCGAACUGAGCGGGAAGAAAAUUUCCGUACCACUGCGGGAAAUGUUGCUAGAACAAAUGGUAUUCAUGAGCACAAUAAUUUCCAGCAACCUCAGCACCGUAUGCGAAAUGUUCUAGCACCAUCUGUAUCAGAGGCAUCAAGUGGCUGGACUGGGAGAGAGGGAGGCGUAGUCCCAGUUUGGUCGCCUCCUGCAGCAUCAGACCAUUCAGAAACUUUUGCCUCUGAUGAAGCUGACAUUUCUAGUAGGAGUUAUUUGGAUAGGCAUCCACAGUCGCACCGGUUGAUGAACUGGAGUCAAUUAUCCCAGUCAUUGUGAGUUCAGAUGCACGGACAACAGGUCGGGAAGUGGAAAAUUCCAUGCAACCAAAUUGGAUCGGUUAGGGUUUUCUCCGCCCCAGAUUCAUAUGUAAAUUGUCCACCUAUGUGCUUAUCUAUAGUCUGAUGAGCAUGCAAGCCAGGCAAUUUCCUGAGUGUGACAAUAGUUGUGUAAAUCUAAUCCUGUAGAACCUAUUCUGUUGUAACAGCAUUGUUAGAGUUGGCUGAAAGGGAUAUGUAAUAUUGAUCAGACAACGAGGGUUUUCCUAGUGUCACGCGUAUAGUAUUUUUAGGGGGAGUCUUGUCUAUACCUGUACAUUCCCUUGUGCUAUUGGCAAUCUAUUAUCACUACUUUUGUGUUGAAGUACCA